AUGUCCGACCUCAACGUUGACGACCUGCCCAAAGAUUGGCUCGAGCUGUCGCGGUACUUGCACAAGAACGCUCACGAUUUUUCUGCGUGGGAACAGCUUGUCAAUGUGGCUCUCAAAUUGAAGCAGGACGUGGUGUCCAGCAGACUGGUGGCCAUCUCGUACGAGAACCUACUGGUCAAUUUCCCGUACUGCGAGCAGUACUGGUGCAAUUAUGCCGAGUAUUUGUUCCAUACAGGUCGCACAGACGAGGCUCGCGAAAUAUACGAGCGCGGCGUCGAGGUUGUGCCCAAGUCGAUUGUAAUAUGGACCAAAUAUUUGGAUUUUGUGGUCGAAACUGUGCGCCAGUACGACCCGGUCGUUGCUGUGUUUGAGCGUGCGAGAACAGAGGUGGGGACGCAUUUCUACGCCCACCUACUGUACGACCGCUAUCUACAGUUUCUCAAGGCGCAUCGCAAAGCCAGAGAGUACCACUAUCUUCUGAGACGGGUGAUCGAGGUGCCAUUGUACCAUUAUUCCAAAUACAUCAAACAGUUCUUCAAGCUUAUUGAAAACGCGGAUCUCGACACCAUCAAGUACCUGGUCACGAAGGAAGAUCUGAAGACCGUUUAUAAGUUGAGCUGGCCUGAUCUUAUAGGACGCAAAGACGACAAGGUUUUCGCCGAUCUGAAAAAGGACAUGCGCAAACGGUACAUGGACCUAUAUAUCACGACACAGUACAACGUGUUUCAGCUCUGGCCGUUUGAGGAAGCAGUUACACGACCCUAUUUUGCUCCCGAGGAGCUGGAACGUCGCGAACUGCAUAACUGGAACAGAUACCUCGAGUACUGCGAGACGUUGUCGCUCAAGUCGUCUCACAAGGACUCCGACUCGGCCAUCACAAAGAACACGCGCAAGCUCAUCGAUACCGUUUACGGCCGCUGUCUCAUAGCCACUGCAUACUAUCCGUUUUUCUGGAUCAAAUACAGCAACUAUUACCUCAAUCUCAACCAGCUAGACAGAGCGAAAAAAAUAUUGAUCACUGGGAUAUAUCAUUGUGCGACAGAAAACGUCAAGCUUCGGCUGAGACUGGCGGAUCUGGAGGUGCUGACCAGGAAUUUGAGUGCUGCCAAGGCCGUGGUGCUCGAUCUCUUGCAGUUUUAUCCGAACUCGGUGCAGGCCUGGCUGAAACUGCUCCAACUGGAACAUUUGGGGAAAAAUAAAGAUCUGCUCCAAUUGGUGGAAGCCAAGCUCGACGAGGUGGCCGGGACCGAGCACGAGCUCCAUUUCGAUUAUGUGUUUUUGGAACUGCUGCAAUACAAUCUCGACUUGGAGCCUUUUCUGCUCAAGUACCAGCACAAGACCAGCUACCUGUUCUGGAAAGCAUGCAUAGACUAUUACUAUCUCUACUCGCCGGACGCCACAAAACUCCAAAACAUGUACCGUUCGGCGCUGGAGAAGCUCGGAGACGCCGAUAGGGCCCGACUCGAGGAGUAUCUGGAUGGCGUGGGCGAGAAGGAAUACUUUUAA